GUGUGUGUGUGUGUGUGUGUGUGUGUGUGUGUGUGUGUGUGUGUGUGUGACAGGGUUUCUGACGCAGUGUGACAUCAGCGCUGUUUGCGUGUGCGUUGGAAGUCAUGAGGUUGUGGUAGGAAGAGCAGAUUUUAUCCGCCUGAGUGACUGCAGCUGUGCUUCCUGUUUACACUGACAGUGGUCAACUCCAUCCCUGCUGACACCUGUCAACAGGCCGUUGCCUCGGAGACGCUGAGGAGCCAGAAUAAGGAGGCGCGGAGGAUUCCCCAGACAGACAGACAGUGAGAGGACACAGGAUGGACCGGCAGCAGCACGUCAAAGUGGAGCGCUUUCUCAAACUGGGAUAUUCUCACAGUGACAUCCUGAGGGUGCUGGAGAGCCUCCACCAUGACGCCCAGACCAACGACAUCCUGGAGGAGCUGAUAAAGACCUGCCACACUGGCAGCAACAGGAGCGGCCCCCACAGCCCCCGGCUGGUUCCCAGGGGCUGCAGCCCGGGGCCCGCAGAGCCCAGAGCCGGGCCCCCCAGAGAGCCCCCCGCAGGCUUCAGAGCUGUUGUCAUAGACGGGAGCAACGUGGCCAUGAGCCAUGGCAACAAGAAGGUGUUUUCAUGCCAGGGCCUCCAGCUGGCAGUGAGCUGGUUCUGGGACAGAGGGCUGCAAGACAUCACCGUGUUCGUCCCCCUGUGGAGGAAGGAGCAGCCGCGGGCCGAGGCCCCCAUCACAGAUCAACACAUUCUCCAUGAGCUGGAGCGGAGGAAGAUCCUGGUGUUCACGCCGUCUCGCUGCGUGAACGGGAAGAGGGUGGUGUGCUACGACGACCGCUACAUCGUGAAGCUGGCCUUCGACUCCGACGGCAUCAUCGUGUCCAACGACAACUACAGAGACCUGCAGACAGAGAACCCGCAGUGGAAGAAGUUCAUCGAGGAGAGGCUGCUCAUGUACUCCUUCGCUAAUGACAAGUUCAUGCCUCCAGAUGAUCCGCUGGGGAGAAACGGCCCCAGCAUCGAUGACUUCCUGUUGAAGAAGCCGUGGAGCCCAGACAACAAACUGCAGCCCUGUCCUUACGGUCAGUUCACUCCUCAGCUUCACAACAACAGACCCAACACUGCUCAGUUUACACCCUCCUUCUCUAAUGGGGAUUACAACUGCACAACAGCGGCAGCUCGCUGCAAGGGUUGUACGGCUUCAUUUGUCUGCAGCCAUGCUAACAUCAGCAUGCUGGAUGAUGGAGAGGCAUGUUUUUUAAGAGGGAUGAUAGUCAUAAAGUAA